CAUACGCUGUGACACCUGGCCGGGAUGGAGGGAGAGAUGCAGCCCGCAGAUGAAGGGCCCUGCGCCCCGAAGAUGUGCCGCCAGCAGCAAGGUCCGCACAACAGCCUGAAACCUUUCCAGAGUAAGCGCUCGGCGGGCAAGUCGCGGUUUGACAGGUCCGCUGUGGUGGAGGUGCCUCUGUUUGGCGACGGGCAUCACUUCACUUUCCACCCCGAGCAGCUUCACCAUUUCCAGCCGCACCAUCACAACCAGCAGCACCACCAGCGUCUGCAGCAGCCCCACCAAACCAGUGUGGCAAUCAGCAGCAGCCAGCAGCAUCACCAGACGCCUCGGCAGCAGCAGGAUCGUUUCCCAUGUGAGAACAGGCCCAACAGCAGGGUCCCGACAUCCACCUCGGCAGCGGCGGCAGCCUCUCCUGGUACCCAGCAGCGGCGCACUGGUGGCGGCAGAUCAGAGCCCAGACUCUCCCCAGACUGCACCUACGGUAUCAGCUCAGAGAAUCGUCUCAUCCUGGAUGCCUUCGCCCAUCAGUGUAGCCGAGUCCUCAGCCUCCUCAACAACGGUCGUCUCCUGGAGCCUUCCUCCUCCUCCUCCACCUUCACCUCCAACAUCAAGCUGGAAGAUGGGGCAGGGGAGGUGCAGGGGCUUCACUGCUCCUCCCUGGGGAAGACCAAACCUGAAGAGAGCUCCUCCACCACCGACCCAGAAGAGGAGGCCCACCAAAGCCAUUUGAACCAACAACAGACCUCUGCCGUUCUCCGUAUCUUCACAGACUCCCUACAGAACUACCUGCUCUCAGGGCCGCAGCAGAAGCAGGAACAUCUGGCUGCAGGGCUGGAUGAGGAUCAGUGUCCAUCAGCGGGGCACGGCCCGGGGGUGUCUCCUCCAAGACACAGCCUUGGAGGCUGGGGCUCGCCGACUCAGUCAGAGUCGUACGGCCACCCGUCGUCCACGCUACCCGAGGAGGAUGAGGAGGAGGAGAACUGCUGCCCGCGCUGCCUGGAGCUGGAGCAGGAAGUGCUGUCUCUGCAGCAGGAGAACGAAGAGCUCCGCAACAAGCUGGAUAAUAUUCCAGUUCCCUGUCAAAACGCUCUCGACUACUUCAAGACUGUUCUUGAGUUUCACAACCAGCUGGUCCCACCGAUGACAGAGGAGCAGCUCACAGAGGAAGAAGAACGACAAACAGUCUUUGAGGGCAGUAAGCAGCUGCUGGAGAACUACCCUCUCUACAUCUCCAAUAAACAGUGGGACGAAGCUGUCAACUCCUCCAAGAAAGAUGGCAGGCGGCUGCUGCGCUACCUGAUUCGCUUCGUCUUCACCACCGACGAGCUCAAGUUCUCCUGCGGUUUGGGCAAGAGGAAACGAUCAGUCCACUCAGGAGAUCCAGGCCUGGAGAGACGACCGCUCAACCCCGUCAAAGUCAGCUGCCUCAGAGAGUUCAUCCGGAUGCACUGUGCCUCAAACCCAGACUGGUGGAUGCCAUCAGAGGAGCAGAUCAACAAAGUUUUCAGCGACGCCGUGGGUCACGCGCGUCAGGGCCGAGCAGUCGGGACGUUCCUGGGCAGCAGCGGCAGCAGCACCAGCAGCCUCUACAUGGACGGCUUCGAUGGACAUCUGUCACAGGACGAACUGUAUCUGAAAGGCUGCCACAACGGCCAAUCGGACUGAAAUCAAAGUGGUGAUUUAAGGACAAAUGCCGGAAAUGUAGCUGAACAACGACAUAUCCAAAAACACCGACUUUACACAGUGAAGAAAACAUUCCAGAAGAAGUUUAUCAAGCAGAUUAUAACCACAGUAUCUCUGAAGCCGUUUGAAUAGUUUGUAGCUCUUUUUUGCCAUUUUUAUAUACUAUACUAUUUUGUUUAGCCAAAUCUUACUUCUGAAGUCUUUUCGACUUUUUAAAUUUGAGUCUUCCAUUUGCUACUUUUUCUAUGGUUUCAUGUUUUGAGCAGUUGUUAUAUGUAUCUUUUUUUCACAUGCAUACCUUAAGGUCAUCAGGAAAAGAUUUGUGUUACGUAACCCAAGUUAGAGACGUAUUAUAUCCAGCACUAACUCUGCACCCUUUUUCGCCUACAUCACAGAAAGGAGCAUUUCAUAUUUUCCUCCAAUCAACAGGAGUGCCUCUGAGAAACUCAUGUUCUGUACCCUUGAUUUGUCUAGUUUUAAUAAGUCCUUUCAAAGUCUUUCCUAUGUGUUAAAUGUAGCUUUCCUUGGGUUGAAAGAAGUUCUGGUCGAGGUGGAUCUGUUCAGAACUUCCUGCAUCAGAUUUCAGGAUAUGCAACAAAAGAAAAUGUGAGGAUUCUUAGUAAUUAACAGUUGAGUAAGUGCAUCAUUCCUUAAAUCGGCAAAGGUUACAAGAGGCCUUUUAAAUUAAUUGUAAAAGCUGUAUAUGACAGUAAAAAUGCAGAUUUCCAAAACAAGCAAAAAGUGGGAAAACACAAUAAGACUGUUUCCUUGAUGCCAUUUUUUUGCACUUUCUUUGCUCUGUCAUCAAUUUUUUUAUUGAUUUUUUAUGAAAAAGUCUUAAAAAUAUAACUUUUAUUUAAUUUUACAUUCAGUUUUCACCAUCGAAAAACAUGUUAGGUUUGGAUGAAUAAAUGUUGCCAUUUAACAAUGCCUUAAACUCGAUUCAAGACCUCCGAUAUAUAACAUAUUUAUGCUUCAUGUGUUCACGUAAUCACAAUGUGGGUUGUAACUGUCUUCUUCUUCAUGACAGAAAAUAUCCACUUCUUCAUCUGUUGAUAAAAAAAAGCACUUAUUCCUUAUUUGCACUUUUACUUGUCUUGUGGCAAAAGUCUGAGUGGUAUUUGAACAGAGUAUAACGAUUUCUAUCCUUUGUCUUCCUUUGUAUUUAUUUCAUUUGGUACUAAUCACUCCAUGACACAGUUUUCUACGUUUUGAAUGUACCACAUUUAUUAGGUCACUUUGCCACGUCGACAGUGCUGUGUAAAUGUGUAAUAUAAAGUACAGUAUUGUGUGAGAUGUCUCUCUUAAAAAGCCAAGUAGAAAAGUGCCACAGAAACCUUAACCAGUCGGAUUCUGUCGUUGUGUUGCUGUUCUGAAUGUGAGCGUUUGUUUGUAUUUACUCCCUCAAAGUGGCUGUUAUCAACACUGUGAAACAUCUGUAGGAUUUUUAAAAAUCUAAUAGCUUCUGUUGUUUUUUAUUUAUAAUAAAUAAAAUAUGCACUGAAGCUGAAAAAUUGCUUU